AUGCCAGGAAUCAUCCAAUUCUUGGGCGGCCAGUUUUCUACACCGCCCAUGCCUCAGACCGACCUCACGGGAAGAAGUAUUUUGGUGACGGGCGCCAAUACUGGGCUUGGCCUUGAUGCCGCCCGGUUACUGGCGCGGAUGAAUUGCACCACCAUCGUGCUCGCCUGUCGAAGCCUGGCGAAAGGAGAAAAGGCCAAGGAAGCCGUCCUGCAGUCCUUGCCCAACGGUCACAAACAACCGACCAUCGUCAGCCUCGAGACCGAUUUGACCUCGUUCUCGAGUGUGGUCGCAUUUGCUGAGCGUUGCAAGGACCUUCCAAGACUUGAUGCCGCAAUCCUCAAUGCGGGGGUUCUCCUGGAAGAAUUCAGCUUGGCAGAGGGAUAUGAGACGACAAUCACCGUGAAUGUGAUCUCGACGUUCCUCCUGGCCACCUUGCUCCUCCCUACCCUGCGUUCGUCCGCAAAGCGAUACAACAUCACUCCCCACAUUGCCAUCGUCGGGUCGGCGGUCCAUUUCUGGGCCAACGACAAAGAUCUUACCACUCCCGCCGACGGCGAAAUCCUCCGAUCCCUAUCUGAUCCUAAGAAGGCGGACAUGAAGGGGCGCUACUACCUCAGCAAGUUACCGGUCAUGCUGCUGGUGAAAUACUUGGCGACAGUGCUAACGAAGUCGACUGAGGAAGACUCCAACGACAAGCCAUUGGUCAUCAUCAACAACGUCGCCCCCGGGUUUUGCAAGACCGACCUGUUCCGUACUAAUGACGGCGUUAUGGUCAAGGUCAUGAACAAGGCGAUGGGCAGAGAAAGCGAGCACGGAGCGCGCACGUUGGUGCAUGGCGCUGUUGCUGGGCAGGAGUCCCAUGGGCAGUAUCUCAGUGAAUGCCAGGUCAAGAAGUACAGCGCGUUUGUCAAGAGCGCCGAAGGUGAUCGAACUGCGAGGAGGCUCUGGCAGGAGUUGAGCGCCAUAUACGAGGGACUCAAGCCGGGGUGUACGCAGGCGUGGUGA